UUCGUCCACCAUUGACAAGAGAAUUUUCUAAAGCCGCCCGGACCAUCAUCGUCUUGGCCCUGCCGGGGUUACUUUCAUGCGUUCGAUGCGUGUUUGCGUCCGAGCGGUGCAGGAAUAAAUGGAACGUUCGUGCGUGGAUAUAUAUGCGACGUCUUGCCGCGCGAACUAGAUAUUCCAAUUCGUUCGGGAGCUGGCUUGAUCGUGGAGGGCAGCAUGAAGCAGGCAUUGGUGGCGCUGGCCGUGCCGUUGCUCCUCGCCGCGUCGCUGUACGCCUCUACGCCGCCGGACACGGCCGAGGCCUUCGCCGGGGACGUCCGCGUCCACCUGACGCACGUGGACGCCGGGAAGCAGAUGUCCAGGCGCGAGCUGAUCAGGCGCGCCAUGCAGCGCAGCAAGGCGAGGGCGGCGGCGCUGUCCGUGGCGAGGAGCGGCGGCGGCCGCGUCGCCGGCAAGAGCGCGCAGCAGGAGGGGCAGCAGCAGCCUGGCGUGCCGGUCCGCGCUUCCGGCGACCUCGAGUACCUCAUCGACCUCGCCAUCGGCACGCCGCCGCAGCCCGUGUCGGCGCUGCUGGACACCGGCAGCGACCUCAUCUGGACGCAGUGCGCGCCGUGCGCGAGCUGCCUCGCGCAGCCGGACCCGCUCUUCACCCCGGCCGCGUCGUCGUCGUACGUGCCCAUGCGGUGCUCCGGCCAGCUCUGCAACGACAUCCUGCACCACAGCUGCCAGAGGCCGGACACCUGCACCUACCGCUACAACUACGGCGACGGGACGACCACGCUGGGCGUCUACGCCACCGACCACUUCACCUUCGCGUCGUCGUCCGGGGAGAAGCUCAGCGUCCCGCUCGGGUUCGGCUGCGGCACCAUGAACGUCGGCAGCCUGAACAACGGCUCCGGCAUCGUCGGCUUCGGCCGGGACCCGCUCUCGCUCGUGUCCCAGAUGUCCAUCCGGCGCUUCUCCUACUGCCUCACGCCCUACACAAGCACCAGGAAGAGCACCCUCCUGUUCGGGUCCCUCUCCGACGGCGUCUUCGACGGCGACGACGCCGCCACCGGCCAAGUCCAGACCACGAGGCUCCUGCAGAGCCGCCAGAACCCGACCUUCUACUACGUCCCGUUCACCGGCGUGACGGUCGGCACUCGGCGGCUGCGGCUACCGCCCUCGGCGUUCUCCCUGAGGCCCGACGGCUCCGGAGGGGUGAUCGUCGACUCGGGCACGGCGCUCACGCUGUUCCCGGGGGCCGUGCUCGCGGAGGUGCUGAGGGCGUUCCGCGCGCAGCUGAGGCUGCCGUUCGCGAACAGCAGCAGCCCGGACGACGGCGUCUGCUUCGCGACGCCGAUGGCCACAGGCGGGGGGAGGCGCGCGUCGGCCGCGAGGGCGGUGGUGGCGGUGCCGAGGAUGGUGUUCCACUUCCAGGGCGCGGACCUCGAGCUGCCGCGCCGGAACUACGUGCUGGACGACCCGAGGAGGGGGAGCUUGUGCAUCCUCCUGGCCGACUCCGGGGACUCGGGCUCCACGAUCGGCAACUUCGUGCAGCAGGACAUGCGCGUGCUCUACGAUUUGGAGGCGGAGACCCUGUCAUUCGCUCCGGCGCAGUGCUGAUGCGCGCGGGCGCGGCAAUGCGACCGAGGACGUCCGUAUAUGUGUAUCAAAGCAGAUGUGUCAAUUAUGGUAGCGCGCGCAUGCAUCAAACGAGAGCAUGCGCCUCAAGGGAAGUUGUAAUAAGUUUAGCUAGUAGUAGAAUUUAGGAAAUGCUAAUAAACAACCAAUGUUUUGUUACGGCUA